AUGAAGAACUGCCGAGGUCAGUGCUACGACGGUGCUGCUAACAUGGCCGGCGUUCGCACUGGAGUCGCAACACAGUUAUUAGCAGUCGAGCGAAGGGCAUUAUACACGCACUGUUAUGGACACUCCCUCAAUCUAGCAUGUCAAGAUACCAUUCGCAAAAUAAAAGUCAUUAGAAAUGCCUUCGAUAUGACUUUCGAGUUAUCAAAGCUGAAGUAUUCAUUGAAAAGAAAUGCUACCUACAAGAGAAUAAAAGAUGAGUUAUCACCUGGUAAGCCUGGAUUUCGUACCUUGUGUCCAACAAGAUGGACGGUGAAAUCAGACUCUUUGGCAAGUGUCGAGGCUAACUAUUCUGUGCUACAGAAUAACCUCGAGGAGUUUUCGCAGAUGGCUCGAAGAGACUUUGAAGCGUCUGCCAAAGUAAACGGAGUGGCAACCGAGAUGACAAAAUUUGAUUUUCUUUUUGGUGUAAUGCUUGGAAGUAGGAUACUUAGGUUAGUUGACAACCUAAGCUGUACAUUGCAAAAGAAGGAACUGUCAGCUGCAGAGGGCCAGGUUACAGCAAAUGUAACAAUCAAAGUGAUAUCUGCAUUGAGGACUGAUGAAGAGUUUGAUAUAUUCUGGCAAAACGUAGUGAAGAAGUCUGAAACUGUGGAUGUAAGCGAGCCUAUGAUGCCACGGAAGAGGGAAGCUCUAAACCGGUAUGAGGCUGGUAUUGGCGAAGGCAGCCAUCCCGAAUCUCCAAAGGAUCUAUACCGGAUUACCUAUUAUACAACAAUUGACGGAAUUCUGUCUUCUAUUAGAGAUCGCUUCGAUCAACCCGGUUAUAAGAUCUAUGCACACCUUCAGAAUUUGCUAACCAAGACCGCAUCCGCAGACGACUACAGUGAAGACAUGGAAGUUGUUGUGAGAUUGUACGAGGGAGACAUCGAACCUGCACGCCUCAAGAGCCAGCUGGAAAUUCUUACUGCUGAGUUUCAAUCUCAGCAAGUUUCUGAAGAGGGAACAGUCAAUAAGCUUCCAGUGACUUUUGGUCAAGUGAAGGACCAUCUAAUUAGUCUGGGACAUGGGAGAGAACUCUUGAGUGAGGUUGUGACAAUAUAACGCCUGAUUCUAGUUAUGCCAGUGUCUAACGCCACAAGUUAACCGUCAUUUUCCGCUUGUCGAAGAAGAGUGAAAACGUACUUGCGUGCAACUAUGAACCAGAGCUGAUUAAAUCAUCUAAUGAUACUAACUGUUCAUAAAGAACUGACAGACAUGUUAGAUCUA